AUGGUCUUCAUUGUCAGGAAAGGAGUAUUUUCUCACAAUGUUGUUUGGUGCAGUUGUCCUGGGUCUAGUAGAAGCCAACACCUACAAUUGCUCAAGACAGGGUUAUUUCCUGCAAGUACCACACGUCCAAGAACAGCCUUCACAUUUGAAGUCUUAGAUCUUUUUCUCAUUGAUGCACUAGAGUGCAAGACUUCUGCCUCAAGCUUCUUUGAGAAACUUCGGAGGAUGGCCAAUAACUCAUUCCUGGAUAAAGUACCUAAUAGAUAUAGAGAGCUCAUGAGAGUGUCUCGUUUGUGGAGAGACUUGAUGAGUCGAAAAUGGUUUGGUUUUGGACACAACAAGGAGAAGAUUCCCUACAAGAGUGAUCUUGCUUUAUUCUGUCCUGCUUGUCCUCAGCCAGGCAUCAACCUUGCCACUGAUUGGAGAGACAAAUAUGUUGUUGAUGGAAACUUUACCACACAACAUAUGAUUAUGAAACAACCACUCCUGGAUAUCAGUCUCUCAGAUGGGCUUAGGUAUAUGGUAACUGAGCAAGAAUACCAGACCCAUCUAUCAUUGGCUACAGAGAUUGGAAAAUUCCAUCUUAGUGCUCACAAAUUAGCUUGCUUUGCGAGGUACAGCCUCAACUUUAUUCAAGGGGCUGGGCAGAUCGAUGGGGAGAUUUUGGAGACUCUAUGGGCUCCAUUUAAUAAGAUCUCUCCAACUGCUCGGUCAAUGAGUCAAGCUCAUUGCCAAGAAGUGCUUGAUGAUCAUAUGCGAGACUCAAACUAG